AUGACGCCCAGCUAUGCUGAAAUGAGACGAGAUGUUGUGUCCGUUGGCCUGCUGCAGAUGCUUGCUCUGGAAAGAUAUUCUGGGCCCUUCCAGCAUCGUUUUCCGAACUUCUGUGUAAGAUGCUAUAUCAGUGCCGGCCGAGUCAACCCGCCAGAAAACCGAUCCGAACUGGAGCCUCCUUAUGUGACACGCAGCGAUGCGUCCAAGAUUAUCUUGGCUGCACUUUAUACCGUCGCGGAAAGUGAGAGACUGAUAUAUUAUAUGCACCUUACCAGCGAUGAGCUUCGUGGCGCCACGGGCACGGCGGGUGCCAAGGUGCUGAGUAGAAGCCCAAAAACGUUCAGGUUCAAAACAUCCAUGGGCGCAUGCUCAAAGUUGGAGCUGGAGUUUGUGCGCUCCUGUAUCCAAGAACGUUCAUGGUCGGAACAAGAUCAGGACGUGGCGUUGACCGUUUUGAAAAGGGUGAUCAAAUAUGGAAUGUGCCAAGAAUACCGGACGGGCGGAGCACGAAAUAUUGGUCUGCGCGAAGGACCGACAAUUCGGGCUGAACGUUACGGGAGGGAAAUGCGUGCUUUCUUGGCUACGACUACCGUCACUGGGCAGGGGCAGCGGGCGAGGCAUGGGCAAGGGCAAGGGCAAGGCACCGCAGAGACUCAGGUUGCAGCACGCUGGAUAGUCGUUGUCUGGUCGAGAUGGAUAUUCCAGGCUUUGUUGAAGUGUCGAAAAGCCGCAGAGAGUGGAGCGAAGAGUUUGGAGGACGUCUGUCGAGGGCAGGGAACGUCUCCGAAAGCGGUAAUGGGUGGACCUAGAGGGGUUCUCAUCGGCGCCUUUGCCGCAGCCCGGGAUGACAGGCCUAGGAUUGAUGGCCAAAAGGAGCACUGA